AUGAUUACAAAGAACUACCAACAUGUCCUGGCUUUGGAGUUUGCUGUUAACAAGAUCAAUGAAACCCCUAAAAUGCUGCCAAAUAUUUCUCUUGGGUUCCACAUCUAUGAGAGCUAUUAUGAUGAGAGGAUGACCUAUCAUGCUCUUCUGAACUUGCUCUUCAGAUCCCAUAGAUUCGUCCCCAACUACAGAUGUGACACUGAAAACAGUCUAAUAGCCAUCAUUGAAGGACUUAGUUCUGAGAUCUCCUUCCAGAUGGCAGAUAUUCUAGAACUCUUCAAGAUUCCACAGAAGUUUCUUCAAAAUGUGAAACCUUACAGGACACAAGGAGAUGGCUUUCUGAAGGACUUCUGGGAACAAGCAUUUGGCUGUUCAUUUCCAAAGUCUGAGGAGCCAAUGAAGAGUGAUGGGACAUCAAGUAAAGCAGUAUUCUUUAAAGAUAACAGGGAAAUGGCAGUUGGAUUUGAUCUAAUGAAUGUGGCCACAUUUCCAAAUAAUUCCUUCCUGGAAGUAAAAGUUGGAAGACUGAAUCCUGGUGCUCCUGAAGGACAGAAACUCAUCAUUCAUGACAAUCGCAUUGUAUGGCCCCAAGUUCUCAAUAAGGUACCGCCUGGUUCUCUCUGUAAUGAUCCCUGUCAUCCCGGUUACCAUAAGAAAAAGAAGGAAGGGGAAAAGUUUUGCUGCUAUGAUUGUGUUCCAUGCCAGAAAAGGAAGAUUGCAAACCAGAAGGAUAUGGAUGACUGCAUCAAGUGUCCAGAAGAUCAAUAUCCAAGCAUGGACCAUGAACACUGUAUGCCCAAAACUAUAAGCUUUCUGUCUUAUGAAGAGCCUCUGGGGAUCAGUUUGGCUGCUGCUGCUCUCUUUUUCUCCCUGAUGACAUCUUUGGUUUUGGGAAUUUUUCUAAAGCACAAAGGUACCCCCAUAGUCAAAGCCAACAACCAGGAUAUCACAUACAUUCUUCUUGUUUCCCUUCUACUCUGCUUCCUUUGUUCUUUGCUAUUUCUCGGACAACCAGAAAAAGUGACUUGCUUCCUCCGGCAAUCUGCUUUCAGCAUCAUUUUUUCAGUGGCUGUUUCUUGUGUGUUGGCUAAAACCAUCACUUUGGUGGCAGCUUUCAUGGCCACCAAACCUGGGUCCAAUACGAGGAAAUGGGUGGGGAAAAGACUGACUACUUCUUCUGUCCUUUUCUGUUCUCUUCUUCAAGUAGGUCUUUGUACAGUGUGGCUAGGAACCUCACCACCCUUCCCUGAUUUCAAUAAUCAAGUAUUGACUAAAGAGAUCCUGGCAGAAUGUAACGAAGGGUCAGUCAUGUUUUAUGUUGUCCUGGGCUACUUGGGACUUCUAUCCUUCAUCAGCCUGGCUGUGGCUUUCCUAGCCAGGAAACUGCCAGACAGUUUUAAUGAGUCCAAGUUCAUCACUUUCAGCAUGUUGGUGUUUUGCAGUGUUUGGUUAUCAUUUGUUCCAGCUUAUCUGAGCAGCAAAGGGAAGUACAUGGUAGCUGUGGAGAUCUUCUCAAUCUUAGCCUCCAGUGCUGCGUUACUGGUUUGUAUCUUCUCCCCCAAAUGCUAUAUUAUUAUGCUGAGGCCUGAGCUGAACAAGAGGGCACAGUUGAUGCUGAGAAACAAGUAA